AGUACGCGCUAACGAAAUGUGACACCUCCGUGCAAUUGGAACUUGGAGAUGAAGUGGUUUUAUUUUUAACCCAAGGUCUCCUUAGAGGGUUUCUGCUGCUUUUCAUCUGUGAUCGUGAGACCUGGCAGGGAAUCCUACGUCAGGGCAAAUAUUUGCUCAGGAAAGCUGAGGGAUAAAACCUGGCAUCCGUGACUGCAAACUGCUCACUUUGCAAACUCGUCCGUCACUGGCAGGAUGAAGAGUCUGAUCGUGUUGGUGAGCCUGACAGCCCUCAGUUCCCUCUCUCUCACCCAAGAUGAGGGAUUCCCACAGGGAUCAUUCAAUGAAGAAAGAACAUUUCUGGAGAUGACGGACCUGCCAUUUGAAGAGGAAGAGGAAUUGCCAACUAAUCCAGUCCAGAGAGUUGCCUUGGCUAUCUCCACCUUUGGCUAUGAUUUAUAUCGGAAGGUAGCCCAAAAGACCCCCACUGCCAACGUCUUCAUGUCUCCCCUGAGUGUAGCCACAGCUCUGUCUGAGCUCUCGCUGGGUGUUGCCGAGCCGAAUGAGCAAAUGCUUCACAGGGUCCUCAACUUUCGCUCGCUAAACGAUCUGGAGAUUCAUAAAGUCUACAAGGACCUCAUUGCUGAAAUCACAUCUCCACCCAAACAAUUCAAAAUGGGAGCUCGAAUGUACACAAGGAGGCUGAAGAUGAAACCAAAUUUUUUGAAAGAGGUUCAAAAGUUCUAUGGUGAAACGCCCAAGGCCCUGGGUAAUAAACCCCAGAUCAGCCUGUGGAAUAUUAACCAAUGGGUGAAUCAGAAGACUCAGGUGGACAGGAUGAUGACCUCAGUGCCUCUGCGUCUGAGCAUCUUCUUGCUUAGUGUCGGCCAUUUUAAAGGUCAAUUGAUGACAGGGUUCAUUUCAGCAAACAUAAUGCAAAAGCCGUUCAGGGUGGAUCAGGACACAGUGGUCUAUGUCCCCAUGAUGACUGAAAUAGACUAUCCUCUUCGGUUUGGUUACGACUCUGAUUUAAAAUGCAAGAUCGGCAUGUUUCCAUUUGUCGGAGACAUCAGCAUGUUCAUCUUCCUACCCGACGUCAUCAGUUCAAACAUGACCCAGCUGGAGGACAACCUGAAUCCUGGCUUUAUCCAGGACCUCAUUGAGCAGCUUCAGGAGGUUCCAACCAGCGUCUCCUUACCCAAACUGCGGCUCAAAGCUGUGACGGAGCUGAAGGAACAGCUCGAACUCGAGCCUCUGUACACCUUGUCUCGGAUGCCGAAAAUUGCAAACCCCCCUCUGAAGAUCUCGAGCAUUAAACACCUCGCUGUCCUGGAGCUGCAAGAAAAUGGGAUUGAGGAGUCUGUCAAGGAGGAAGGUGGAAGGGAACUAAUGCUGGAUUUCCAUGUCAACCGGCCUUUCAUUUUGGUGUUACACGAUAACGCAAGUGGGUCGUUGCUCUUCAUUGGAAGGGUCAUGGAUCCCAGGGGGCUGAUUGUAAUUUAGCCCCCACCCCCGCCCCCAAAGAGACAGUGGCAAUAAAUUAACCUGGAG